AUGUACGUUAGAUACGAUAUACUUGACUUAGAUACGGGAGUCAUGAACGUUCCACCCACAUCUAUAAAACAGCUUCGAUUAACUUGCAAACGAUGGUAUGCUUUAUUCAAAGAUCCUAUAUCUAUCAAGAAGCAAUUGGGGAAAGCAGCAACGCAGAUGAUCUUAAAGAAUGAUGAAUCGGUUUUUUCAUUCAGCUUCAGUUUCCAUGAAUUAUUCCACAGUCAAGUUAUUAAGCUUACCGGUAUCCUUAAGAGUCUAAAGGACUUAGAAGAUGUCAAGGUAUCUAAAAUCUUUCACUGUAAAGGUUUAUUGUUAUGCACGACCAAAGACAAUAGACGUGUUCUUUGGAACCCUUGUACUGGUCAAACUAGAAGUAUCCAGUCAGAACCAUCUAGUAACUAUUAUUUAGGAUACGAAAACAAGAAAAAAUCAGGGUAUAACUACAAAAUCUUGAGCUGCAGCUAUUAUUAUCGCGGCAGUAGCAGAGUUGGUAAAUAUGAAAUAUAUGAGUUUACCUCUGAUUCAUGGAGGGUUCUUGAUGCUAUUAGUGAUGAUUGGUUAUAUCUUUGGCCCGACGUUGCCAUGUCUUUAAAGGGAGAUACCUACUGGCUAGAUUCAGAGACUAAUGAAAACCCUAGCAUACUCAGAUUUGAUUUCAUAACAGAGAAAUUUGAACGUCUACCUCUUCCUUCUAAUAGUGAUGAGCAUAAUAGGCUUGUAAUUCUAUCGACUGUCAGAGAUGAGAAACUUGCGUUGUUAUGCCAGUACUCAGAUAGUACUGGUUCAUUAAAGAUGAAGAUAUGGUUGACCAAUUCUAAGACUGAUGAGGCCAAAGAUUUGUCGUGGAGUGAAUUCUUAGUAUGUAAGGUUGUGAUAUAUGAUAUGACAAGGAUGAAGAGUUUCUUGGUGGACGAGGAGAAUAAAAAAGUCUUGUGUUGUUAUAAAGACCAUGAAUAUAGGACCAGAAUUUACAUUGUUGGAGAGGAUACGUAUAAAAAUGUCUAUAGAGAGGUUCUACAGGAGCAACGAUCACGUGUUGCUCCACGUCUCUUCAGUUAUGUUCCGAGUUUGGUUCAAAUUCCGACAAGUCAGAGUAAUCCUUUCUGCAAAAGAAAAAGAUGA